UUUUUAAAAUAUUCUAUUCUUGAAUUAUGUGUCGCGAAGUAUUGAAUUGUAGAACGAGCGAGAAACUUUUACGAGUUUGUGAGAGCGGGAAGAGGAGUUUUUAAAAAUGAAUGCGUGGCCUGGUGAAGGGGGGGAUAUUAUGGGACCCACGGUUACCAGAACGGGAAGCGCCAAGACCACUACACCUCCGUUGAAGAAUGGGAACGAUUUACGGGAGUCAGGAUACCUGAUCGCCGUAGGCUCCAGAACAGCCAGAUUCAGAAGAAAACACCAGAGCAAACUGCUGUUAAUGAUGCUGCUGGUGCUUCUACUGCUUUUACUGUGUAUAGCCAUUGUUAUGACCGUUCUUUAUAUUAAACAAAAGCGACACAGGCCCCCUCGAGUCUGUGAAACUAAGGAGUGUCUCCGUUCUGCCGCCAACCUCGCUCUAUCCAUGGACACCUCUGCAGACCCGUGUGAUGACUUUUACAAGUACGUGUGCGGUAACUGGGCUGUAGACCACCCUCGGCCAGACGCCUACCGUUCGUACGACUGGUUCAGAGACAAGCAGACCAAGGUCUACACCGUCGUGCGGGACUUCUUGAGCGGCAAUGCCUCGGGGCCCCGGCCUGUGCAGCAGGCGAAGGAUAUGUAUGCUGCUUGUAUGGACACAGAAACACUGGACAAACUCGGCCUAAAACCAGUCAUAAAUGUGCUCGAAUCCCUAAACCUCCCCUCAUACCCCACCUUCGUAAAUAUCACUGAAGACUUCGACUACUCCUCGUAUACCUUCGACUGGUUGGAAACGGUGAUUCAGGUGAAAGUGAAGCUGGGCAUGGAUGUGUUGAUCGGGUUUGAUAUAUUCACUGAUCCGAGGAAUUCUUCGGUGUUUAGGCUGGUGAUGGGAUCGCCUGAGACUACUAAUCCUUUUCCUAGUGUACAUAACGAAAGAAAACGUCACGCUGGCAAGAAAAACCAAAGACUUGGGAUCCCAACCAAUCCUAAGAAGCCAGAUGACAUCCUAUUCAACAACGAACAUUACUUUGAAAGUAUGGAGAAAUCCAGUGCCGAGAACAAGCAUUCACACAUUUACAAAAUAUUUUACGCAGAACUUAUAAAGCUGUUUGUUUUGGAAUCUGGUGGCAAUGAUAUCACCAAACUUAGCGAAACUGAACUUGAUCAGAACAUAUUUUUGACUGCUGACGAAUAUUGGUCUAUCAAUAGUGAUAUGUAUGAGGCAAAAUCAGACAACAGUACAAUAUCCGACGAAGAAUUAUUCUCAAAUAUACCAGAAUUUACAGUAGAUGAAAUCCAAGCACAUACAGAUGCUGUAGUAGAAACCAACAAUGCUACAGCGUCUCCCAUUUGGAAACGAUAUUUGGAAGGAGUUUUCAAUAUCAGCAACGUUGAGCUCGAUUUCAAAAAUGACAAGAUUUUGGUGUCUGAUGCUGAUUUGAAAUAUAUGGCGCUGAUGUCGGCGUUGGUUGCUAAGACGCCACCAGUUGUGUUGGAGUUGUAUAUUUGGAUCAAGGUGAUGGAAGUAAUGUCCGUCCACACAACAUCCGAAGUCCGCAGUCUGUUUCAACGUUCCUACGACGCAAUGCACCCGCACCGCGCGGCUCCGUCUCCGCGCAGCCUCAUGUGCGCGAGCGCCGUCAACGACCUGAUGGGCAUGGCUGUGUCUUACGCCAUCGCUGACCCUAGCUUCUACAACGUUACUAAACCCAAGAUUAAAACCAUGCUUCACGAAAUGAAGAACGCUCUAUCCCACCUAGUAGGACAAGUCAAAUGGAUGGACGACGACACAAAGCUAGCGACGUACCAGAAGAUCAUCAAAAUGAAAUCCCUCAUAGGAUUCCCCGACUGGCUGCUGGAUGAAGGAAAACUAGAACAGUAUUACGAAGGCGUAGAAGUAAAUGUGGACACACAUUUGGAUAACAUGAUCAAUAUAAUACAAGUGAAGAUUAAAAAGGCCCUGAAUAGGUUUAGAGGUGGAAAUAACUUCACGUGGGCCACUGAUCCUACUGAAGUUAACGCUUAUCAUACUUUUCAAGAGAACACUAUAACUAUACCUCUUGUAAUGUUGCAAUACCCGUUCUUUGAUUUGGGACUAGACUCACUCAACUAUGGAUCUCUGGGUACUGUGCUGGGUCACGAGAUAACUCAUGGAUUUGACAACUUUGGUCGACAGUUUGACAAGAACGGCAACCUGCUCCCGUGGUGGUCGAACAGCACAGUGCAUGCCUUCAUCAACAUGACCCAGUGCUUCGUGGACCAAUAUAAUUACUACUACAUCCCUGAGCUUGAUGAACAUGUAGACGGCAAGAAGACGCUAGGCGAGAACAUAGCCGACAACGGAGGCCUACGGGAGGCCUUCGCGGCGCUGAAGGAGCACCUGCGUAAACACGGCCCCGAGCCCAAGCUGCCUGGCUUCGAGCAUAUGAGCUCGGAACAGCUGUUCUUCCUGUCUUAUGGAAAUCUAUGGUGCGGUGUCUCAACAAAAGAGUCUCUAGAAGACGAACUAACCGACGAACAUUCGCCACAAACUCUGCGCGCCCGCGGCGCCCUGCAGAACAGCGCGGACUUUGCGCGUGCUUGGCGCUGCCGCCGCGGCAGCCCUAUGAACCCUACUACAAGAUGUGUCAUAUUUUAACACGCAAAAAGGAUCUUUAUAACA